AUGCCGCAGCUAGAGAAUAUCCCAAAGUUCUACAAACAGGUCGCCGCAGAAUCGAAGAGACCUGGAGCACUUCAUCUUCAGUCUAAUGAUCUAGAGACGAAAUUCGACUUGACCUUCGAGCCAGUGUUGCCCAACGUGCUCAGAACCACAUUCUCUUCUACGUCUCACCCGCUCCCGCCAUAUCCGUCCAUACCUCCACCAGAAGGCGACAUCUCAGGGACCAAGGUCACGUCGUUCCGGCCGAGCGAGCAAAGUUGCGUUACUGAAGUUGGCAAUGUCAGGGUAUCAAUUGAGUGGAGUCAUGCCCCAGUGGUAAGCUUGAGCUGGCUGGACUCGGAUGAGGUUCUGCAUUCUGAUCUCUCGUUCCGUUCUUAUGUUGUCGAUGGCCCCGGUAUUGCUCACUAUACGCAACACGACCGAAAAGCUUUACAUGUUGGACUUGGAGAGAAAGCUGCGCCGAUGGAUCUCACGGCUCGCCAUUUCCAGAUGUCGGCAACGGAUUGCUUCGGGUACGAAGCUUACGCGACUGAUCCGAUGUAUAAGAUGAUGCCCCUGUUGGUGAAAGCAACGUCGCAUGGCUGCAUUGCGAUGGUCUCCACAAGCCACUCGAGAGGUUCAUGGUCCGUUGGCUCCGAGAUCGAUGGUCUAUGGGGCCACUUUAAGGUCUACAGGCAAGACUACGGCGGGCUGGAGGAAUAUCUGAUCGUGGCACGCACGCUGAAGGAUGUGGUGUACAGCUAUGCGCAGCUCGCUGGGUUCCCGCUUCUCUCUCCACGUUGGGCUUACGGCUACAUCUCUGGUGGCUACAGGUAUACUGCUCUCGAUGAUCCUCCGGCACACCAAGCGCUUCUAGAGUUCGCGGAGAAGCUCAAGAAGCAUGAUAUUCCGUGCUCUGGCCACCAGAUGAGCUCCGGUUACUCGAUAGCCGAAACCGAGCCCCGAGUGCGCAACGUCUUUACCUGGAACAAACAUCGGUUUCCGGAUCCCGAAGAGUGGAUUCGGCAGUUUCAUGCCCAAGGCAUCAAGCUGUUGACGAACGUCAAGCCCUUUGUUCUCGCGUCACAUCCUGAUUACGAGUACCUGGUAAAGAAGACUGGCCUGUUCACCGAUCCCAGAAGGAAGAAGAACGCGGAGAUGCGGCUCUGGAGUGCUGGUGGCGGUGAAAGCGGGAUCGGUGGCCACCUUGACUUUACUUCGGCGGCGACGUAUGAAUGGUGGGCUCGUGGUGUCGAGAGGCUGAAAGAGCAAGGCAUUGAUGGCAUGUGGAAUGACAACAACGAGUACCCUCUACCCAAUGAUGACUGGCAGUUGGCCCUCGAAACGCUGCUGGCAGCCAGGCCCGACGCACCGAAUAAGCUUGGGCUCUGGGGACGUGCUAUGCACUCUGAAUUGAUGGCAAAGGCGUCGUACGAGGGUCUCCUACGAGCGGAACCUGGUGUGCGGCCGUUCGUCCUGACUCGCAGCGCGAGCAUCGGAACGCUGCGAUAUGCGUCAAGUUCUUGGAGCGGCGACAAUAUGACAUCUUGGGAGUCGAUGAAGGCUGCGAACGCGAUAUCGUUGAAUGCCGGGAUCAGCUUGUUGCAAUGUUACGGUCACGAUAUCGGCGGCUUCGAGGGCCCUCAACCUUCUCCCGAAUUGCUGCUCCGUUGGAUUCAGCUGGGAUGCCACCAAAUCCGCUUCGCAAUCAAUUGUUUCAAAACGUCGCCGCAAGACAACCAAGCCGGGGAGGUAAUUGAGCCGUGGAUGUACCCGGAGAUUACGCCACUGGUACGCAUGGCGAUCAAGCGACGCUACGAGAUCAUGCCGUACAUCUACUCACUCGGUCUUGAAAGCCACUUGGCAGCAAGCCCGCCGCAGAGGUGGAUCGGUUGGGGUUACGAGUCAGAUCCGGAAGUUUGGACGAAGCCGCUGAAGUCCGGCGAGGAGCAAUAUUGGUUCGGCGACACGCUGCUGAUCGGCGGAGUCUACCAGCCUGGUGUCGACACAGCCAGAAUGUACCUGCCCCGACGUGGCGAAGGUGGAUUUGACUAUGGUUAUGUUAACCUGAACGCACCAUAUGAUCACCUUGCAUCUGGUCAGUGGGUGACGGUGUCGUCGCCCUGGAGGGAAAGCAUACCCAUCUUUGCCAAAGUUGGUGGAGCGCUACCUGUCGGGAAGAGUGUCCAGACCCGGAUGCCAGGUGAUACCAAGCCAGCCUGUCAAUCGCUCCCCGAAGACGAUUAUCGCGGCGUUGAGAUCUUUCCUCCCAAAGGAAGCUCGCACGGUACGGCGUUCACCACCACUUGGUAUGAGGACGACGGCAUGUCUCUCCACCCAGACAUAUCGUCUUUUACUGUUUCAUAUAGUAGCUCGGCACAAAAAGUGGCUGUGUCUUUCACUCCGGCCCUCGACAACCUCUUUCUCCCACCCUGGAGAGAGUUAGAAUUCAUUUUGCCACGUGGAGACGAGAGGUAUAUCGAGUCGACUGACGGGGUCAGAAUGCAACGUGUCGAGUCGCCAAGCUGUGGCAGGGUCCGCUUUAAAAUGCCUGUCUUUGCCCAAGGUGGCGGCACCGGCCAUGAGAUCAAUGGGCAGCCUCAGUAG